GAAUUUUCAAAAACAUGUGAUCAUAAAUUUAAUUUUUUCCUGUGAACCUCACGAAACUGUAGAGGUUAUGAAACACAAUAUUGAACUGUAUCGAUAACAUUAACUACUUCUAAAUUAAAUGAACGUUGAGAAUCGCUCACCAUACCAUCGCAGCAUGUCAAGCGGACCGUCCACCAUGUAAACCAAAAUGACAGAGGAGGAGGAGAGCCCCUACGUAAUUGUUGACGACUACUUCGUAAACUGGGAUACCGAUAGGCCUAUUCUUCAUUUCCCAUACCAUGUUCAAGAAAUCCUUUAUGAAUUGGCCCUCAACUUUUUGAUAAAUGAACCUAAUGACACUUUACAAUAUUGCUUAGAUUUUUUUAUCAAAUUGAAAUCUUCAAAACAAAUUGAUUUUGUUUCCGAAGUAAGCGAGGAAGAUAAAAUAUCAGAAUUGGCUACGCAAAGGAGAAAAUCGGUCUUCGGAAAGUCUUACGACCCGCGAGAAUUAGGGGCCUCCGAUGAGUUCGAGUUACUCUACCCGAAGACUGAAGAAGAAAGAGCCAGACUAGUCAAUACUCUCCCCGAUGUCUUGUUCUUCAGGAACCUCGAUCCAAAUGAUCUCAACAAAAUCAUCGAUGCUAUGUUUAUAAAAGCCGUGAUAAAGGGAGAGAUGGUUAUCCAGCAAGGCGACGAUGGAGAUUACUUCUACGUCGUGCAGUCUGGGAUCUUCAACGCCUUUCAAACAGAGAACGAUAUGAUAACGGAUCUUUGCCACUACGCCAACAAUGGGUACUUUGGAGAGUUAGCGCUUCUGUACAACCAGCCAAGAGCAGCAUCAGUAGUCGCUUUGACAGAUGGUAUUCUGUGGGCUCUGGACAGGGAAACCUUCCAGAGGAUCGUCCUCAGCAGCUCCUUCAAGAGGAGUUUACGCCUGGAAGAUAUGAUCCGGAAAGUCCCUAUACUGGAAUCAUUGCAACAAAUAGAAAGAAUGAAGGUGGCCGAUGCUCUGGUUACAAAGUGUUAUACAGAUGGGGAAGAGAUUAUCAAACAAGGAGAUGCCGGUGACGGAAUGUAUUUCAUCGAGAAUGGUACUGUAGACGUGGUGCGAGAGGACGAAUCUCAUCAAGACGUCUUCAUAAAGCAACUGAGUGACGGGGACUACUUCGGAGAGGUGGCCCUCCUCACCCUCAAGCCUCGAGUGUGUUCAGUGAUCGCGAGGGGCCAUGUGAAGGUGGCCUUCCUCGAAGUGUGCGCCUUCGAGAGGCUCCUCGGCCCGUGCAAGGACAUCAUGAAGAGGAAUAUUGGCGCUUACGAGGAACAGCUAGUGGAAUUGGGCUUGUUACAUCCUAGCGAACACUUCAUUGAUUUCAAUGAAUAACUAGACGCGUAAUUAUCUAGGCUCAACCUAAAAGUAUAUAUAUAAAUUUAGAACAUUAUAAAUUACUCUUAAUGUAUUCAAGAAUAUAGCUUCUCAUGUAUUGUGUUUAUUUUUUCAAAAAAUAUAUUAUUAAUUAAUA